UAGCGGCAAUAGCGCCCGAUUUAAGUGACUGAGUUGACCCGAGUUAAGUUUGAAGACGUUGGUUUGGCCGUAUCGGUUGCUGUUGCAAUAAUGUCUUCAGUUCAGCAUCUGAGAGAUUUUAUCAAGGAGAGGUUAACUACUGCUGCAGAACAAAUCUUCUCGGAGUUUGAAAAAACGAUCGUCCGGUAUGAGGAGGAGAUCCGUCAGCUAAGACUGCUGAAUAUCAGACCCGGGAUAAAGUCACACAAUACAGGUCUGGAUGAUCAGCAGGUCUGUGACCAGGAAAGGAGCUCCAGUCUCAACCAGGAGGACCCAGAGCCUCCACAGACUAAAGAGGAACGGGAGGAAACCUGCAGCAGUGAGGAAGGAGAGCAGCUUGAAUUGAAGCAGGAGGAUGAAGGCAUUCAUGUCUGGACCGGAGAACAGCUGGAUUUCUUGUGUAAACUUGGAUUACGGCUGACCAAAAUAGACCUCCCACAGCAACAUGAUUGUAAGGAAAAUGAGGAUCUGGAUGACCCGCAGGUCUGUAGCCAGGAGAGGAACUCCAGUCUGGACCAGCAGGACAAAGAUCCUCCACAGAUUAAAGAGGAACAAGAGGAAAUCUCCAUCAAUCAGGAAGAAGAGCAGCUUGCACUGAAGCAGGAAACCAAAAGCGGCAUCGUCUGGACCGGGCAGCAGCUGGGCAUCAUGUGGAACCCUGAAGUAGAGUUGCACAGAAUAGAUUUUCCACAACAUGACUGUAAGGACGAGGAUGGGCUCACAAAUCAGCAGGUCUGUAACCAGGAGAAGAACUCCAGUCUACACCAGAAGGAUCCUUCACAGAUUAAAGAGGAACAGGAGGAACUCCGUACCACUCAAGAGGAAAAACCGCUUGUUCUAAAGCAGGAGACUGCAACUUUUCCUGCUCGUGAAGCAAGUAACCACAGUGAACCAGAACCAAGCAGUGACCAGCUCCUUUCUCACAACUCUCCUGUCACAGAUCAGGAUGAAAUCAAGGAUGGUAACUCACACAGAAAUGAGUCGGAGCAAAUCGUAUCAGGCCUGACAGUUCAAAAUUGCAAGACAGCACAUUUAUGUAGCACCUGUGGGAAAAGAUUUACUCAGAGGGGUCAGUUGCAGAGUCACAUGCGAAUUCACACAGGUGAGAAGCCACAUUCUUGUAGCACCUGUGGGAAAAGAUUCACUCAGAAGGGUCAGUUGAAGAGUCACAUGCGAAUUCACACAGGUGAGAAGCCACAUUCUUGUAGCACCUGUGGCAAAAGAUUCACUCAGAAGGGUCAGUUGAAGAGUCACAUGCGAAUUCACACAGGUGAGAAGCCACAUUCUUGUAGCACCUGUGGGAAAAGAUUUAGUGUGAAACAAAUUUUGAAUAGGCACAUGCGAAUUCACACAGGUGAGAAGCCACAUUCUUGUAGCGCCUGUGGCAAAAGAUUCACUCAGAAGAGUCAGUUGAAGAGUCACAUGCGAAUUCACACAGGUGAGAAGCCACAUUCUUGUAGCACCUGUGGGAAAAGAUUCACUCAGAAGGGUCAGUUGAAGAGUCACAUGCGAGUUCACACAGGUGAGAAGCCACAUUCUUGUAGCACCUGUGUGAAAAGAUUUCAUGUAAAAUCAAAUUUGAAAACACACAUGCAAAUUCACACAGGUGAGAAGCCACAUUCUUGUAGCACCUGUGGGAAAAGAUUUCAUGUAAAAUCAAUUUUGAAAACACACAUGCUAAUUCACACAGGUGAGAAGCCACAUUCUUGUAGCACCUGUGGGAAAAGAUUUCAUGUAAAAUCAAAUUUGAAAACGCACAUGCAAAUUCACACAGGUGAGAAGCCACAUUCUUGUAGCACCUGUGGGAAAAGUUUUACUCACAAUGGUCUGUUGAAUAGACACAUGCGAAUUCACACAGGUGAGAGGCCACAUUCUUGUAGCGCCUGUGGGAAAAGGUUUAGUCUGAAACAAAUUUUGAAUAUGCACAUGCGAAUUCACACAGGUGAGAAGCCACAUUCUUGUAGCACCUGUGGGAAAAGAUUUACUCAGAAGAGUCAGUUGAAGAGUCACAUGCGAAUUCACACAGGUGAGAAGCCACAUUCUUGUAGCACCUGUGGGAAAAGAUUUACUCAGAAGAGUCAGUUGAAGAGGCACAUGCGAAUUCACACAGGUGAGAAACACAUUGUUGCAGCACCUGUGUGAAACAUUUUAGUUCUCCAGUACAGUUGAAAAUGCAAUUAGGAAAACAUGCUACAUGCUAAGUUUCAUUCUUAGAAAAUGGUGAUGGUAGGACACAUAAACAGUGUUUGGAUCAUUGAAAACUGAAAAUUUCAAAAGGCUUUCGGAAGCUCAGUUUCUGUUUUGACACAUGGACAAGACAAACAGUUUGUCUUGCAGCAUAAAAUGUGUGCACCUUUAUCACCUUUUUCUGACGUCAUUGUUUUAUAGUUUAUAGGCUUUGUCUUUGCUGAAGUUUCUUCAUUUUCUUUGGCAUGGCCUCGACAGUGCUUGAGAUAUUUUUAGUGUCAUGAUGUAAAAAGAACUAUUUCUCCAAAACACACUCGGUAAUAUCUGUUGAAAAAACAACUACACGUUUGAGGUAGCCUUUAUUGAAAUCUUUUUGUUUUUUUUGUCUGAAGUUCAGUUUGAAUUUAUACACUGGAUUGACAUUAAUGGGAAGUUCUUUGUAGAUGGAAUGGGAAUAUUUUAGGGAAUGACAAUGUUGACAAGUUGAUCCAUGUUCUUGUAUUGUUUGUGACCCAGAUUUUUAGGUCAUUUAUUAUUUAUAUUUAUAACAUAACUUACACUACUUUUAUGUGAACACCUGGUGAUACCCAGCUGUUGUUUUGAGAUAUAAUAAUAUGGACUAAUGUGUAAUUUUAACAGUGUUGUGUUCCAUUUUGACAGGAAAUAAAUCCAGUUUAAGAUUGUAGAUUAUUCAUUUU